AUGCGAAUAUUACGCCGCCCGGCGCCUGCGACCAAAUGGCGGUCCCCUCCUCCUCUCACACCUCGGCCGCACAUAGUGCUUAUCUCGUCAUCGCGGGGCCGCCGCCGCCCCGACUGUCCGCGCGCGCACUCGACACUCGCGCAGAAGCAGCACAGCCCCGACGACGCCGAUGAUGCGGCGCAGCGGAGCGACGACGACGCAGGACACAACGACCAGACCACACGCCGUCCGCUGCCGCACCUCCCCUUUCGAUUCGAGACGGGCAUCGGCGUCUUUGCCAAGCGCCCUCCGCGCCCGUUCCCACCGCCCUUUCUCUCGCGCCCGUCGGCCUCCUUCUCCGAUCCUCUCAGCACCCACCGUGCCGUCGUCGACGGCGAGGCCAUUCGCGGACUCACCAACGGCGACGAUGCCAUCUACGCCAGCGACUACUUCAUCUGCGCCAACGACGGCGUCGGAGCCUGGGCGACGCGGCCGCGCGGCCAUGCCGGGUACGAAUCCCCCCUCCCCUCCCAUCUCCCGGAUGAACUAUGGGCGCGGCUGAUUCUCCAUUUCUGGUCGGCGGCCAUUGACGAGGACCUGAUUCGUGCAGCGACGGCCAAGCCCGCGCGCGCGGACCCCGUCGACGCCGAGCCGCACCCCGUCGCCGCCCUCUCCGCCGCGUACAAGAAGACGCUCGAAGCGACCGAGGCGCACGACUGGCAGGGCACCACGACGGCCUGCGGCGCGCAGCUGCACUACGCGACGCCCUCCUCGGGCGACGGCGGCAGCAGCGCGCCUACGCCGCUCCUCUACGUCACCAACCUCGGCGACUGCCAGGUCAUGGUGGUGCGCCCGCGCGACCGCUCCGUCGUCUUCAAGACGACGGAGCAGUGGCACUGGUUCGACUGCCCGCGCCAGCUCGGCACCAACAGCCCCGACACGCCCGAGACCAACGCCGUCGUCGACCGCGUCGCCCUGCAGGUCGGCGACGUCGUCCUCGCCAUGAGCGACGGCGUCAUCGACAACCUCUGGACCCACGAGAUUGUCGACAUUGUCGCCGCCAGCAUCGAGGGCUGGGAAAAGACGGCUUCCCCGUCCCGCCGCGGCGGACGCGACGGCGGCAUGCGCCAGGCCGCCCAGGACCUCGUCGCGGCCGCCAGAAAUAUCGCCCUGGAUCCGUACGCACAGAGCCCGUUUAUGGAGCACGCCAUCGAAGAAGGCCUCGCCAGCGAAGGAGGCAAGAUGGACGACAUCAGCGUAGUCGCCGCUCUCUGUGUGGAAAACAGCCAGGAGCCCGAGACGCCAUAG